CGCUUCCUGUCAGGUUCAGGAAGAGGCCUUGAGGAGGCCCAGGGUGUGUCCCGCCCCCACUCUCCUCCAAGGACAGAAAACUGAGAUGGCUGCCGUGGGUUGUGUGUUCCGCAGCGGCUUGCGAGGCGCCCUGGCUCUGCCGACGCAGCAGCGGGCCUGGAUCUCUGGCUCCAACGACCAGCGGUCCGACAGCGGGUCUAUCCGUGAGGCUGGUGGCGCCUUUGCUAAAAGGGAAGCGGCCGAGGAGGCGCGCUACUUCAGGAAGAGAGAGAAUGAAGCUCUGGCAAACCUGAAGAAACACCAUGAAGAGGAAAUAAGUAUCCACAAGAAAGAAAUAGAGCGUUUGCAGAAGGAAAUUGAACGCCAUAAGUCAAAGAUCAAGAAGCUCCAUCAUGAUGAUGAUUAAGUAGCUGCUUGCCCUGUUGGUGCAUUGUAUGUUGGCAAUUGCUUUGAAAAUGGUUGGCGACUUCCAUGAUCUUGCUCUUAUCAGUGUGAGAAUUGUGAAAUAAAUCAUUCACGUCUUGAUCGUAAAA